CCCAGAGAGAAGCACCUGUUGCUCCACCCGCAGCUGAGCAACACUGACAACCCUGAGGCCGAGGCAGCAGCAGCAGCAACAUGGGGGGCGUCUACUCCAGUGAACGGAUGGCAGGAGCUUUCGCCUACGAGAGCUCAGAUCUCGACUGGUGUGAGGACAACUACAAACACUCUGAACAUGUGGUGGAAUAUUUCAACACUAUUAGCAACUUCAGUUUCUUCAUCAUAUCUCCUGUCAUGCUCUACCUCCUCCAUCCUUACGCCAAAGAGAGGAACCUGGCAAUCCACCUGGUUUGGAUCAUGAUGAUUUUUGUAGGACUCUUCUCAUGGUACUUCCACAUGACUCUUAGUUUCGUUGGCCAGAUGUUGGAUGAGCUGUCAAUCGUGUGGGCGUUGGCGGCGGCAUAUUCAGUGUGGUUCCCCCGCAAGAUGUUUCCUUCUUUUAUAAAAGAAAGGUCCACAUUUUCCCGACUCGUCCUGUUGGUAACUGUCGUCACCACGGUGACAUCAUUCGUCAAACCUACAGUCAACGCCUACGCUUUGAACAGCUUUGGCCUCCACAUGGUUUACACUGUGGCAGUCGAGAUGAGAUGCUGCACUGACCAGAAGGUUCUGCGUCUGGCCAAGUUUGCCGUGGCACUGUGGGUGCUCGCCAUCUCCUGCUGGAUCAGUGACCGCUUUGGCUGCAGCUUCUGGCAGGAGCUGAACUUCUGCUACAUGCACGGUUUCUGGCACAUUCUCAUUGGGAUGUCGGUGGCUUACGGCAGCACCCUGAUGGCUUACCUGGACGCCACCAAUGAGAUCCCGUACUCGCUGCCUGGACUGCAGUUCUGGCCCUGUGCCGAGUGGCCUGUUGGAUUACCUCACAUCGUCCUGAAAGGCACAACCAAAACACGCAAACAGUGCUAACAAGGUCGUUUCUACCUUCAGAACAUUUCAAUGGGUGCAGUCCAUUUGUACAGUAUUUCCUUAAUGACAAGUCACCAGGGUCAUUUUAGGCCCAGGAGGUUUUUAACCCUAACGACACAAUCUGUGAAUCAAAGGCUUUUCCUCGCUAGCCAAGAAUUCAGAACGCAGGAAUACAAACUUACUGACAUAUUGACUCUUAAUACACAGAUUAAUACCAAUCUAAGUUAUGUCACUCUUAUGAUCCUUUUGAAGGAUUGUUUACACCAAAGAUGAAUUGCCAAAUAUACACAAAAUAAUUAGUUGUCAUAAGGCUGAGCGAUACGGCUAAAACGUAUAUUAAGAUAAAAAUGUUCAUAUCCCUUGUAAUUGAUAGUAAUCACCACAAAUGUCUCAUGCCAUUUUUAAGACAGAUUUUUGCUCCUGAGUGAAGGUUGUGGUUUUGAAACUCUUUAUGAGCAGAGAAUGACCAGGUCUUGAAAUAAAUUUUAAUCUGAGGGAGAUCAUUAAAACCAAUUUAGGUCCUUACUGUGGUUGCACAAUGCCUAUGCAUAAAAUAUAUUUUGUGUUUUUGUCUAUUGAUUCAGGAUUAUUGUUUUAUUGCUCCGCCCUAAUUUAUCAUCCACAGAUCUAACUUCAUAUCCAUACUUGAAUAAAACCACGUGGUUAAAAAGUAUUACAUUUAAUUGUUAUCCUAUGAUUCACGUUUCUGACACAAUAGCAAAUUAAGAGCUAUUAUCGCUGUAGUAACCAUAACCUUCACUGUUGUCUCUCUUUCAAGCCAUGACAGUGUUUUCAGAAUAAUUUUUCGGGAAAGUGUUAAUCAAUUAUAGAGAGACAGCGAGAGGCUCCAUUAGUUGACUGAGUUUGAGAUGUGGUUACAUGACGUUUUCAGAUUUUAAGAUAAUAACUGUUAAAUAUUAUGAAUUUACAAAUCAUGAACGGUUUUCAUAAAAUGUCUGUUUACGUCUCUUUUUGAAGCUUUGCCUGUGUCUGACAGUUAAACAUGUGUUUUUGUAUUUUUAAAUCAACCCAUUGCGGUUAUUUAUUCUCAAGAUAUCAAUGCACAAUCGAUCCUGCUCAUGACAAAUGAUAUGUUAACGCACUGUUCAUGAUUUAUUAUGAUGAGACUUUGCUGUCAUUCCACGGUGCGGGAGUUUGUCGGUGAAAUGUGUUUACAUGGACUCUAAUAAACCUUGACGUGCAAUUGAAAAUUGGAGUCAGUGCUGGAACCUCAACUAAGCUAUCAUCAGCUAUGCAAAAUUUGAAUUGUCUGUAUGUUUACAUGCUGGAUUACUGUACUUUCACAUAGUUGUAGUUUCGACUCUUGUAACAUUUCAGUAAAACACAUUUGUCAAUAUCAAAUAAUGUUUUCAUCUUUUUCUCUGUAAAACAUGUACAGCUUCAUUCAGGACCUUUGAAAUAUGAGUCUAAAAUGCAUUUGUGUGAAUGAGCGUUCCACAACAAUCUUGUGUUUCUUUUGAACGUC